CGGGCCCGCGCCGGCUACAAAGCGGCGAAGGUCACGGCGCAAGCAGGAGCGCGCGGGCCGCCGGGAAUCCCUUCUGCGGCCCGCGCCCCCGACCCACCGACCCCGCCCGGGAGCCAUGGAGGGAGUGAGCGCGCUGCUGGCCAGCUACCCCACCGCCGGCCUGGCGGGGGGCCUGGGGAUCACGGCGUGCGCCGCCGCCGGCGUGCUGCUCUACCGGAUCGCGCGGAGGGUGAAGCCAACGCAUACGGUGGUCAACUGCUGGUUCUGCAGCCAGGACACGCUGGUGCCCUAUGGGAACCGGAACUGCUGGGACUGUCCCCACUGCGAGCAGUACAACGGCUUCCAAGAGAACGGAGACUACAACAAGCCGAUCCCAGCACAGUACCUGGAACACCUGAACCAUGUGGUGAGCAGCGUGCCCAGUCCCCGCGACCCUGCCCAGCCGCAGCAGUGGGUGAGCAGCCAGGUCCUGCUCUGCCGGAGGUGCAGUCAUCACCAGACCACCAAGAUCAAGCAGCUGGCCGCCUUCACACCCCGUGAGGAGGGCCGGUAUGAUGAGGAGAUUGAGGUGUACCGCCACCACCUGGAGCAGAUGUACAAGCUGUGCCGCCCCUGCCAGGCCGCUGUGGAGUACUACAUCAAACACCAGAACCGCCAGCUGCGUGCCCUGCUGCUCAGCCACCAGUUCCGGCGUCGGGAGGUUGACCAGGCCCAUGGACAGAGCUUCAGUUCGUCGGCAAUGAAGGCCCCCUUCCAGGUCAUCCUGCUCCGUGCCCUGGCCUUCCUGGCCUGUGCCUUCUUACUGUCCACUACACUGUACGGCCCCAGCGAGCCCUUCGCCCCAGGGGCUGCCCUGCCCCCGGCCCUCCCUCCUGGGGGCAACAGCUCUGCUGCUGCCCCAGACAACACCACUACUCAGGCCGAGGGCUGGCAGCAGCUGCUGGGCCUGUUGCCGGAGCACACCACAGAGAAGCUGCACGAGGCCUGGGCCUUUGGACAGAGCCACCAGACGAGCAUCGUGGCGGUGGGUCUGCUCACCUGCCUGCUGGCCAUGCUGCUGGCUGGCCGCGUCAGACUCCGACGGAUCGACGCCUUCUCCACGGGUCUCUGGGCCCUGCUGCUGGGGCUGCACCUGGCGGAGCAGUACCUGCAGGCCGCGUCGCCCAGCUGGCUGGACACACUCAAGCUGAGCGCCACGUCCCUGUGCUGCCUGGUGGGCUUCACCGCAGCCGUGGCUACAAGGAAAGCGACGGGCCCGCGGAGGCCCCGGCCCCGAAGGUACUUCUCAGGAGACUCUGCCAGCCUUUUCCCCUCCAGCCCCAGCCUGGCCAUGCCCUGUCCAAGCAUCACCUCCUCGCCAGCAUCCCUGUUCAUCCCCACCCCGCCCGGCUUCCUACCUCUCACCAAGCAGCAGCUGUUCCGAUCUCGUCGGGCUUCACCCUCCUCACUGCCGGGCCGCCUCAGCCGGGCCCUCUCACUGGGAACCAUACCUUCUCUGACCAGGACAGACUCAGGAUACCUGUUCAGCGGGAGCCGCCCACCAUCUCGGGUGUCUCCACCUGGGGAGGUUUCUCUUUCAGACUACUUCUCUCUGCUGUCAGGCGGCUUCCCCUCCUCCGCCCUCCCCUCCCCGGCACCCUCCGUGGCCAGCUCCAUGGCCUCCAGCUCCGGCUCCCUGCGCCACCGCCGGCCCCUCAUCAGCCCUGCCCGGCUCAACCUGAAAGGGCAGAGACUGCUGCUCUUCUCAACCCCCGGGGAAGCGCCCAGUACCCCCAGCAGCUCGGAAGAGCACUCACCGCCCAAUGGCAGCUUCUUGGUUGAGCCUUCACAGCCCGCCCAGAGGACUCACGUGCGGGACACGAAGCACAGCAUGGACAUGAGAUCGAUGCUGGUGAGAGGCAGCGCCUGCAGCAGCCACUCCAUCAAGAAAGAGGACGACUCCUCCCAGUCCUCCACGUGCGUGGUGGACACCACCACCAAAGGGUGCUCGGAGGAGACAGCUCCCUGGAAAGCUCGUGUUGGUCCCUCUCUGCUCCGGGGCCUCCUGGCCGUGAGCUUGGCCAUCAAUGCACUCUUCACCUCAGCCUACCUGUACCAGAGCCUGCGCUGACCACCUUGUGCCCUUCCUUCCGGAGGGCACUGCCCAGGUGCAUGCUGCUUCCACCACUGCCGCGCAGUUCCCUCCCUGAGGGGCUCUGUCUCCGCCUUGACACCAGGGCCCUUGACCCUCCGGGGUUGAGUCCCUGACCUCAGGAUACCUGCUGUCCCCACGACAGACUGCAGACCUCAGCUGUGUUUGGUGCUGACACUCUGACCCUGAAGCCAGGGGUUCCUGACAUCUGCCAGCCCCAGGGACACCAGUGCUGCUGCAGCUGCAGCAGGCCAGGCUGCCUGUGCCCUCCUGCUGCCCACUGAGUCACAUCUUCCUCUGGACUCAGACACCAGGGGUCUGCCUCAGAGCCCCGCCAAAAACCCACAUGAAGAAGGCCCCUGGGAGAAGCAUGUGGAGCCUGAAUCACUUCAUCCUUACACCUGCCCACUCCAGAGAGCAGGCCUCUCCCUAGCAGGCACCUGGAGCCCACCUUGCCCCUGACUGUGGGCUCCAGGCAGGGCUGAGCAGGUGGGGGCCUGUGUUAGUCUCCCCCGACUCCUGCCUCACAUACCUGUUUGGCAACUUCUGGUGACUCUGAGCAGGUAGCUCCUUGUCCUGAGCACCAGAGCCACCUUGGCCCAUUUGUCCAAGCCUCCCUCUCACAUCAUCCAGAGGCCUUGCCUGGUCUGUCAGUUCCACGUGAGCUGCACAAUCCAGAUGAGACUGGACCGCCCCUCACCCAGACCCCUUCCUCCGUCAGCCCCGAGGUCCUGCUAUGCUCUCCUACGUCCUGCCCCCACCUGUGUCCCACGUGACCUCUGGCUCCAGGCCACCUCAGUCGGCUUCAUGCCCAACCACUGCCCUGCUGAGGACAGCUCAGGCUUGUGGAGCACAUGUGUCCUGUGAGGAAGAAGGAGGAACCUUGGCCUAACCCUGGCCCUUUGGAUACUGUGGGGCCACAUGUGUCUGGGGGGGUCAGUCGCAUUCCCCAUCCCAGGCUUCGGCUCCAGGCACAUGUGUGUAUGUGUGUGCGAGUGUACAUACGUGUGUCUUUGUGUUACACUGCUUGGGAUUUGUGGUGGGGGAGGGGCAUGGGGCAGGGAAGGGUCUUCACUGACAUUCAGGGAUAAAAUUUAACUUUAUUUUUCUACACAUUUUUUGCCAGAUGAGGCGUAUGCUUUGAAACAGCUGCCUCCAGCUCCCCCUGCCAGGGAGGUCAUUUCUUAAGCUUGGGGUGCUUUAGUACUUUUUUUUUUUUUUUUUUUAUCACAAGGAAGGAGGCCUCUGCCCUGGCCUCCUGUCUAGGAGCUCUUGAUGACAUCCUGGAUGUCUCACACUCCAGCAUGUGGGCAAUCAGGACAUUGUCAGGACUCCAUGAGUCCAGCCGCCACCAAAAGUCCCGCUUGGGGGUGGCUCUUCUUGGUCUACAUUUGUAUAGUGGGUGUGUCAUGUUUUAACAUUUGUUUUCUUGCCUAAUGAAACCAAAUUGUUCCCCAGCAUCCUGUCUCCUGCCCUGAAAGCAUCCAGGGAGACGCUGUGGCCCCUCCCAGUAGCACAGCAGGCCAGCCUGGCCCCCUGUGCACCCAUGAGGGCCUUGUACUUAAGUUUUGACUCAUACAUAAAACAUGACGUUAUUUUUCUUUACAAAAAAAAAAAAAAAAAAAAA